GUGCUGUUUAAUCUCUCAUCGCAGUUUUACGCUCUCGGCUCUCCACGAAUUGUGGUACGCAAACCGGGUUUUUCUACCAUCGGCACGUCAUCAUUGUUUUCGCUCUCAGUCUUUUACGAAACGCGUCAAAGUGAACGUUGUCCGUCGGCAUCGUCGUCGUCGUUUGUGGCCGCGUUGGUUUUGCCAGUGUUGUAGCAAAACAAUGGAAGCCGUUCCAGCUCGCGUAGCGUGACACGGUCGUUGCAGUUCGCGUAGUGGAUUUUUUAUUUUAUUUUAUCCUUUUGCGUUCACGGCAUCAGCGUCCGUUUUAGGACGUUCGGGUUUUCUUGUAACAAAAAAAAAGAAAGGGUUCGUUCAUAUUUAAACACUUGGCUGCAACGUUGAAAAGUGCAUCACAUCCGUACAUCUUCCAGCUCCAGCAUCUUUCGUGUCGGGUCGGGGCAGAUUUGUCAACACACGAAGGGUUUUUUUUGGUGUGCGUUAGUGUUAGUGGUCGUCUCCUUACGAAACAGGAGUAUAUGUGCAUCUGGUGCAUCUGGUGUUUUUUGAAAAGGAAAGUUGAAGCCAGAGGACGCUUCAUUGCUUGGCUUUGUGUACGGCUGUUCGGUGUGCUGGGGCUCGUUCCUGCGUGAAUGCAUCCUCGUGCAUGCGCUGUCGUUGUUGUUGUUCUCGCGUGAAGGUGAACAAACGGCCAACAGUGGUGUGCUCGUUUGUGUGUGUAUGUGUGUGUAUGCUGGUGUAUGUAUCCAAAGUGCGUGUUGUUGCAAAAUUCCAUUUCCUUCCCUGCCGGUGCUAUUUAUUUAUAUUAAUAGAUUUAUCGAUGAUACGCAGUGCAUAAUUUAAUUGCAUCGUCUUGCAUCGGCCGUUGUGUCCGAGUGUGUACGGUGUGCAUCGAUGCGUGUGAUGUGCGACCCGGUUGCAUGCGUUUGAAGUGCAGCAAGUGAAGACGUCUCGGCAUCGGCAUUCGGUCAAUCGUGCGUUCGUUUCCUGCGUUUUUCCCUAACCAUUUCCUCCAGGCCCUUGUUUUUGCUUGUGGUGGCCGAGCAAUUCCUGGACCCAAAACCGGGAAGAGAAUCCGUGCCUGCGUACAUCCCCCUGUUUCCCCCUACGCACCCCCCAUCGUAUGUGUGCGCGUCAGCACACGAAUGCUAUUUCUGUACCGCGAAUGAAUAAUUGCCGGCAAUUUACGCCUCGUCUUCGGCAGUCGUGCGCAACGACUCUUCAAGUGUAGCAAACGCAGGAGCAAAAUUGUGAUCCGUCCGUGAUCCCAGGGAAUGUACACGUGUGCGUGUGUGUGUGUGUGUUUGUGUACGUGGCUGUUCGAGCGAGAUUUAAUUGUCGAAGCACAAAUUAAGCAUUAAACGGUUGGUGGUAGCGGUGACCGCUUUUAGAGCUAGGAGAAGAGGUCAUCAUCAGCAACGUGGGUCAUCUUUGUACGAUUCUUCUUCAUUUGUCGCCAGCAGGCGCUACACGGACAUCGUGAGCUGUCGAAUAAAUUUGCUCAUUACCUCCCCCACCUUUCGUUGUGUUCAUCCCCCCCCCCCCCCCUCGUAUCAAACGCCAUUCCCCCGAAAGCGGAAUGGUGCGGAAGUCUUUCUAGUCAACGGGCAAAAGCGUACCGUAAUCGUCUUAUUUUCGUCUAGUCUUUUGCGGAGAGGGAAAGGUCGGUGCAAAAUCGGCCACUUACUACACGUAAAACGUCAUGUGUACUGCGGAUACAAUAAAUAGCAUUUAACGUGUGUCCUCAAAAGAAAACGUAUCAACAAUACAUCAUCCAAAAACGUAUAGCGUUAAGACACGAUCACAUCAUUCAAGUUCCUGCCAGCACACAAGGCCUAACCGCAUUUAUUCCUCACAAAAAUUGCAUACCUAGAGCAUUGGUGGAUGAAACUGGACGACACAUCGAUAGAAGCAAAAACUGUGUGGCAGGAAGAAAAGACAAUAACGCGGAUCACUUUGAAUUCCUAAACGCACCGCACGAUCCUAUCCGGCAGCUGUCGAUAUUCUAAGCUCUUGGAAAAGAUAUUCGAUUCGACACGCAAAUAAACGUAACGGAAACGUCCAAGGGAGAAAAAAACCCCCCGUCAAGAUACGGCACCAGCUGGACGAACGACAAUCGAAAAAGGAUAGGGAUCUUCUGCGAAGACAACAUUCAUAACUCGUAAAGCAAUUAGGUGCACCAUUCACAAAAGUUCCCUUUAAGUGAGAGAAGAAGAAACAAACAAAAAAACCUUCGGGGAAACGUGUAGGAUUCGUCAAGCAUUUCCCGACCCAUCCGACUGAAUACUUGCCCACUGUGAUAGUACCCAAGGUUCCUGGCAGACGCAACCCAAAACCUUCUGACACCGAAGGUAUGCAAUAAAAAAAAAUAGCCGAGACGAAGCAACUACGAACACCGAAGGUCACCUGUUACACGAGCCUGUUUCACAGUGUUACAAAAAUGCAAAUGUGUUACGUUUGAAUGUGCGAAACCGAAAGGUAGUAAAAGGUGUUUGUGGAAACGUUCGGUUCAAACAUAUCAUAAAACAAAUCGUCACUGACCCAGACGAAGAACAGCGGCUCAACCAGCGUUGGUUAAAAGUCUUCGAUAAAAAAGGUUGCCGUUACGGUGUAGGAAACAUAUUUUUUUUGAGCAGCAAAAAAAUUCAGCUGUAAGAGGUCAGAUUCAGACAAUCUCCACAGCAAAAACAAGCAAACGCACAAUGCAACACAACGGAACAAUGCACUGGACGGUGUGGAUCACGAUAGUACUGACGGUCAUGUUACAGCUAGCGAACGCACAAUAUCGUUCGCCGCGAAUAAUAGAAAAUCCAAGUGACACAAUCGUCCCAAAAAAUGAUCCCGUCACGCUUAACUGUAAGGCGGAAGGAAAACCACAGCCCGUCAUCCAAUGGUACAAGGACGGCGAGGAGGUAAAGCUGGACGCGAACCACGUCCUGUUGCCGGCCGGAUCAUUGUUCUUUCUGCGGACCGUUCACAGCAAAAAGGAACAGGAUGACGGUGUUUACUGGUGUGUGGCCAGCAAUCCGGCCGGCAAAGUGUACAGUCGCAACGCUACACUGCAGGUGGCAACUUUAAGAGACGAUUUUCGUGUGGAGCCAAAAAAUACACGCGUUGCUGCCGGUGAAACAGCACUACUGGAAUGCAGUCCACCCCGUGGCAAUCCCGAACCGAACGUUAGCUGGAAAAAGAAUGACGGCUUUCUGGAGCUGGACGAUUAUCGACCAUCGAAGGAGCUGGCCCGGAUACGGAUCGUUGACAGUGGAAACCUUCUGAUCAGUGACGUUCGGCCAACCGAUGAAGGGCGUUACCAGUGCAUCGCACAGAACAUGGUUGGCUCGCGGGAAAGUGGACUCGCCAAAUUAACCGUCCAGGUGAAACCGUACUUUGUGGCCGAACCGGAUGAUGCGACCGUGCUCGAGGGACAUCGCGUACAGUUCCAGUGUUCGGUCGGUGGUGAUCCGGCACCGCAAAUACUGUGGACAAAACAGAAUGGCGAUAUUCCUGUCGGGCGGGCAGAAAUAUCCGAGGAGGACCGAAGUCUUAUCAUACGCAAUGUGACCGCCGAUGAUCACGGGCAGUACAUCUGUGAGGCACGCAAUUCGGUCGGUGUGAUAAGUGCCCGUGCGAGCCUAAUCGUAAACACACCACCCGUGUUCAUUGUGCGACCACAAGAUCAAAAAGUCACCGUUAAUGGUGUGGUGACGUUUAAAUGUUCCGCCGGCGGAAGUCCACUGCCGUCAGUGUUUUGGACGCGCGAAGGCUCCCAGACGCUCAUGUUCCCGAACAAUAGCUACGGCAAUAUGCACGUGUCCGGACAGGGUUCGUUGCAGAUCCGCGGUGUUGAACGUGAGGAUGAUGGAUACUUCGUCUGUUCUGCACUCAGCGUGGCGGGAUCGGUAACGAGUCGAGUGUAUUUACAGGUGACUUCUCCAAUUGACAGUAUUCCACCGCCACUGCUACAGCAAGUACCCUCGAACCAAAGUCUCCCGAGCGGUACGAAAGCAACGCUUCCUUGCCGUAGUUCAUCCUUCGGUGGUUCUCUGCACGAGCCACCAUCUUCAACGCCUCGUUGGCAACGUGACGGUAUCAAUCUUCUCACCGGGGCCGGAAAACGGUUCAAAAUUCUUUCUGGUGGAUCACUAAGGAUUGAUGAUCUCCAAACAGAAGACAGUGGAUGGUAUCGAUGUUUUGUGAAGCUGGACGAUCAUGAAUAUUCUUGGUCUGCAUAUCUGAGUGUCGAUAGCAAUCUGCCGCCACAAUCGCAGCAGAUAUUCAAUCCCGAACUUUUACCCUCCGCACCGGGACAACCGAAGGCAGCAAACAUUACCAACACAAACGUUACGCUUAUAUGGGCCCGUGGGCAGGAUAAGCUGCGAACGAACGCGAUCGCUAGCUACACGAUCGAGUAUCACAGUACGGACGAUCGGGAGGUGGACGCCGGAUGGAAGAUUGCGUUGCGGCAGAUCGCAGGCAAUACGGCCACGGUGACGGGUCUGUCGCCGGAAACUGGAUACAUCUUCUCGGUGCGUGCUGAGAACGGUAUGGGAUUCUCGGGCCCUUCGCCCGUAUCGACGCUUAUUCGCACACUAUCGUCGGACGAUCGUGUCACCAUACCGGAGGAGAUGGAAACGGCCCGUAUGGUGCUGAGCGGGAAGAUCCUGGAGCUGAUCGAUAUCAUAGCGCUAACGUCAACAUCUGUACGGCUCGAAUGGCAGCUACAGAUCGGUGGUUCGGAAGAGUACAUCGAAGGGUUUUACGUUCGCUAUCGCGAUCUCGAUAGUGAUGUGCAGCGGUACAGCAUGCUACCGAUACCGAACAGCGAAACGGAGAGCCACAUCAUUACGAACCUAAACAAGUACACCCGGUACGAGUUCUUCCUGACGCCGUACUUUAAAAAUCUCGAAGGCCAACCGAGCAAUGCACGGAUCGUACGCACGCUGGAGGAUAUGCCGACGGGACCACCGACGAACAUACAGGCCGGUAUGCUGAACCUGACCGCCGGCUGGGUACGGUGGAGUCCACCGUUGCGCGAACACCAGCACGGUGCAGUGGUGGGCUACAAAAUUCAGGUGAAAUCGGGCAAUAACGCCUCGAAGCUGCUUGCCCAGAUGACGCUCAACUCGACGACCACCUCGGUCAUGCUGAACAACCUGACCACCGGUUCGAGUUACACGAUUCGCGUGGCCAUGUUUAAUCGGCUCGGUAUGGGCCCGUUCGCUAAACCGCUGUACCUCGUGAUGGAUCCAUCGUUCGUGAUCGUACCGCAGGGUGUACACAACAACCAUCAUCUCUUCAGCGACUACGACGACCGGCGCCAUCCGCAGCAUCAGCCGCACGCGAACAGUUUCCUGCACGAAACGUGGUUUAUGCUGUUGGUGGUAUUUUCGCUGCUGGUCGUACUGAUCGUAGCGAUCGCGGGCGGUGUGGUGCUGUUCCGCCGCCGCCAGAGCUUGGGCAAACCGGUUGUCACCGUGCCGACGCUUGGUGCGCGACGGGGCGACAUUGCGAACUUGAGCAUGUCGAGAAAGGAUGGCGGGAUUUGGAUCGAUCGUGGCUGGCGGACGUGUGAUACGGAUAAAGAUUCCGGGCUUAGCUCGAUCAAGCUGCUGGAGGGUAGUCAGACGCACCAUACGUAUCCAUUACCCGACGGAGGCACGGAUUACGCGGAGGUUGAUCCUCGUGGACUGACGUCAUUCUACAAUCGAAAGUCUCCCGAAAGUCCUACACCGUACGCGACAACGAUGAUCAUCAAUGGCAUUCCAAGGAGCGAAAAUGGCGAUCUAGGCUAUCAGGGUCACGAUACCUUCUCGUCUACAUCGUCCAGCUUCCGGUCCUUCUACGGUUAUCCGCGGCCAAUCAACACAAACAAUGUUCCACCGAACUGGGUUGACUAUCUGCCACCGCCGCCAGAACAUCCGCCACCGAUUCCCCAGCCACUGGACAUCAAUCAUCACCUGAACCAUGUCUAUCCAUCCGAGCUGGUCGGUACCAUGAACAGUUCGCAAACGUCCAGCUACUGCUCGCGGCGUACCAGCGGGUACAAGUGAGGGCCGGAAAUGCGCUUUGGUUGGUAGGCGGUAAAAAUACCACCAGCACCAUCAACACAAAACUAAAACCAGACGAAAACAAAUGCAACACACUCACGAAACCAAACGCCACACCUCACAGGCGCUAACCGUUAAUGGCUUCGUGGUAACGUUAAUGCCGAACGUGCCGAAUGCGGUAGUGUCUUUUGCCGUGUGUCCGGCCUUCAAUGUCCGAAUAUUGGUGGCCAAAUCAUCGUAGAGUAGUUGCUGUCUUUUUGUGCUGGGACGCAGUGUAAAACGGUUACACGCACUAUUUUGGGACUGGAACUAGACGAAGAUCGAAGAGUUGCGAAAAGGUGUUUUGUAAAGUUUUAUUUUUCGACGGACAGUUUCCUUCGCUUCCAGUGCGUCAACUGCGUCCCGGCGGCCAACGAUAAAAGAUCCUUAAGGGAUUAUCGUGCAAUGUAGAACUUCUCCGGAUUAUGGCAUGCUCUCGGUUGGUCAGAAACAAUUCCAUCAGCGAUGAGGCUAGGAAAGAUGUGUUGUUCCAACUGAAAUUCGCUCACAUACAUCAAAAAGCUGUCUAGAGCUGAUUGAUAGCUGCUAUGAUUGUAAGUCAUCUGGUCUAUCUGAUCUUGGACAACAGUUCCAGUUCAAUGGCGCAGUGAGCAGCACGCACGCUGUUUUGGUCAAGAUAGGCCAAGUUUAACGUUUAUCACAAACCGCGUAAUUUUUCGCCAUAAGUAGAGAUGUGCGAGUACGAAAUCGUAGAUGCAGAUGGUAGUGAUGAAUAUAUGAUAUAUUUUUUCUAUGAAAAAACAAUCAAAGAAUAGUUGUUGUAGCAAAUCUAAUCGAAAAUGUCUGAACCGAAAUAACAGAAAAGAUAAGUAAGUAAUUAUUGACAUCUUUCCCAGUAAAUUUAUUUUUUAAACCAUUUUUCACAGCUCGCUUUUUUCAUGUUUGAAUGUUUAAUUACAAAUUAAACAAUGUAGAGAACCAUCCCGAUAAUCAACGCACAGUGUGUACUCGAUCCAAUUAAUGCUACUUUAAAGCUCAAUUUAGCACGACAUUAAACUGAUUGUUGUGCACCGACAGCUUCCUGCCCAUUCCUGCCCUAUUUGUCAUUCGCCUGUCCGCACAACAAAAUGUGCGAUAAAUAUAGCUAUUUAAUGGCUUUCCGACCGCUCUAAACAACCGCAAAAUUGUUUAAAACAUGUUCUGGGACAAAAGCUUCACCCCGUAAAUAUGCCAAUAUGGUAGCAGCAUGGUGUUAAACAAAACGAACAUAUGUGGCGCACCAUAUGCGUUUGGAUUUGUUUGUUUUUUGUUGUGUUGUGUAGUUUUUUUUUUAAUUUCCAAUUGAGGUCAUGCUGUGGUUCGCUGAAUGGAUGAUUAUCCCAUUCGGUAUCAUCUUUCCGAACACAUGCUGCCAUUACAGUAAGGGACGUAAUAUAUUAUAAAUUACAAAUGCAACACUAAUUGCUGGCUGUUUAAUUGAAAUCAAUCAUUGUUAUAUGGUGCUUAAUUAUAUUUCAUCAUAAUACUGCUGAUAAAUUGGAUUC